GAUGAACCGGAGUUUCAACAAAUCUCAGACUCUGCGGUAUCUGGAGUGCAGCGCGGUGGAAGUGAAGAGUAAGUUUGGGGCAGAGUUCAGAAGGUUCUCUCUGGAUCGCUACAAGCCAGGAAAGUUUGAAGACUUCUACAAACUAAUUCUUCACAUCCAUCACAUAGCCAACCUGGAAGUGAUGAUCGGAUAUGCUGAUGUGCAUGGAGACCUUCUCCCUAUUAACAAUGAUGACAACUUCUUCAAGGCUGUUUCAAGUGCUCAUCCACUGCUCAGGGUUUUUAUCCAAAGACAAGAUGAAGUGGACUACAGCAAUUUCGGGACCAAUACACUGUCGAGGAAGAAGAAGGCUCUGGUGACACUGCGCAAUGACAACCUCCGCCGGCGUCCCCACAUCAACAUUAGCAUGCCUCACGAUUUUAGACCGGUGUCUUCCAUAAUUGAUGUGGACAUCCUCCCUGAAACACACAGGAGAGUGAGGCUGUAUCGACACGGGUGUGAGAAACCCCUGGGGUUUUACAUUCGCGACGGCACCAGUGUAAGGGUGACUCCUCACGGACUGGAAAAAGUCCCCGGUAUCUUCAUCUCCCGUAUGGUUCCUGGUGGCUUGGCAGAGAGCACGGGCUUGCUGGCUGUGAAUGACGAAGUCCUGGAAGUCAAUGGCAUUGAAGUAGCAGGAAAGACUCUUGACCAGGUCACAGACAUGAUGAUUGCCAACAGCCAUAAUCUCAUUAUCACGGUCAAGCCAGCAAACCAGAGGAACAAUAUUAUUCGGAGCAGUAGGAUGUCUGGUAGCUCUGGCCAGUCUACAGACAGCACUGCGAGUCACCAUAGCUUGCCUACACCCCACGUGCUGCAGAACUUCCACCCUGAUGAAAUGGAGAGUGACGAAGAGGCUGACAUUGUCAUCGAGGGUGGUCUGGAGCCACAACACAUUCCUAAACUGCACAGCCUUACUUCCAGUAGCCUCUCUCGAAUCAAUGGCAGCAGCCUUAGCCACAGACUUCAAAGGGACCUGGUGCUCAACAACAGCUCUGGCCGAGAAAGCAACGGCAACCUCCACAAAUUACUCAGUUCCUUAAAAACUGAUCCCCGACACAGUCUGGUUAUCCCCAGAGGAGGUAUCGAGGAGGACGGAACAGUCAUUACACUUUAGUAGCAAUUUCUGCAAUUCUCCUUACAGUCUUAAGUGCCAAUUGGGACAAUCGACUCGUGCAGCACGUGCACGAAACAGGGAGCUGACAUUCACAGACCUCACGGGUGCAGAAAAUUGUUGCUUUCUAGGAAACGUGGCAUCUGGAGUUAGACAUAAAACUGUCAUGCACUGCAAAACUCGUCAGGAGAAAGCCAGAGUGCAAAACCUGGUUUAUGUCCCAGCCCUGAAGUGAGAACACAAAUUUGUUUUAGUUGGUAUAAACCUAAGCAGUCUUACAGGCUACCCAUGGCAGUGUUAUGUACUCGGGUUUGAAAGCAUGGGUAGAUGUAUUUAUACAUGCAUAUAUAUGAAUUAGAUUUUAAUAGUAACAGGCAUGUCUAUUUGAAGUGGAACCUGGUUUUCUUCUAAUACCAGCUAAGGAGAGAGUGCUUCUUAAUAGCUAUACCGUCUUCUUCUGUUACAUACAGCCAGCCCUUCUGCCGACUUGUUUACACCAUCUUUUCAGCGUUAUGUCUAAUCCAGACGAGCUCUGUAAAAGCAGCCGUUUCCUAUUCCGGUGGCAGCAGCGUUCGGGAGACG